AUGACAAACCACCCACACCGGUCUGCUGUAGCAGCCCUGCUGUUACUGCUUCUGGUGAUGGGCGUGUCGAUACCACGCGUGGAAGCCCAGAGCGUGAUCAUUAACCCCGCCACGCAGCGCUUCUUGGACGGCUUCGUAAAGACAAUCCCGAACCUGGCACAACGGUGGGUGGGCACAGACUACUGCAGCUACCCUGGCAUUGUGUGUGACACUGACGGUUUUGUGCGGAUCCGGCUCAACACCAUCGCAGGCGCCAGCUCCACUCUCUCCGGCCAGCUCCCCGAGCUUCGCAACAAUAUUGACGGUGCAAGUGUGAGGGUGCGUGAGAUCAACCUGCGCGGCCUGGGGAGUGUCCGCGGCAACCUCCCGUCUAGUUGGGCUGCCCUCGUACUGCUGGAGAAGCUUGACCUGAGCAUGACGGGCGUGGGCGGCAGUAUCCCUGACUCUUGGAACGGAAUGCGGAGUCUUGUCUCGGUCGCAAUAAGCGGAACAAACGUCUGCAGGGGCUUGCCCAACUGGAAAGCAUCGUCAAUGCCAGCUCUGACCUCAGUGGACUUCAGCAACAACCGAAUGAGUGGCGCUCUCUCCAAGUCAUUUGGGAGCUUCAGCACCCGCAACAUCCAGUUGGAUAUCAGUGGCAACUCAUUCUGCGGCUGCCUCCCAGACACGUGGACGAGCACAACGCUGGUGGAGGCCGCACGCGCCGCCAAUCCACAGCUGCUGGAAGCCACAUGUGGUGUGACCAACAGGUGCACCUCGCAGUCAAACAGGUGUGCAGCUGGUGAUGCAGCUUCUACCGUAACCCGUUCGCAUUUGCUGGUGCUCUGUGUGGGUGUGGCAGCAGCACUCGCGCUGUUUUUCUGA